AUGGGGAGAAUGGUCGCAAAACACCGUGAUAUUCUCUUUGCGUGUGUGGGUGGCUUCAUCGCAUGGGGACUCAUAACAAGCUGGUAUCCGUUGAUACGCUUUAUCGGAUACUCGUUCCUACUAGGGGCUACCGCUACUUUGACCUCUCUCAUUGUGAUUCUCAUCAUCAGUGUUAAGCGUCCUGAUAACGGCUCCGGCUCUUCGAGACUAUGCGGCCAACCUGUGGCCUUCCUAUCUCCCGAUAACUGGAAGCAGGAUUUGGAAGACUACAGAGACAAUACCAGCUACCAACCUACGCCCCUUUAUCCGCAGUCGUUUAUCGUUUCCGCGGCGCUGGAUGAAUUGUUGAAUUUAAUCAGGAGAGAUUUCAUUGAGACGUGGUACCAGCACAUCAGCAGCAAUCCCGGCUUUGCUGACGAGAUCGAUUCCAUAGUGAGGGCAACAGUUGGACGCAUAAGAGACUGGCUGUCGAAAGAAGAUUUCGUGGAAAUAUUUGUCUCGAGGAUCGUUCCUAUAUUUACUAGCCAUUUAAAAGAUGUCGACCUCGCGGAACGAGCUGUGAGAGGCAGAAACCUGAGCCAUGGAGUGACGGAAUCUGAGGAGCUGGAGAUAGCAAUUGCUGCUAGAUAUCGAGAAGGGAAUCUUCAUCCGGCCGCUGCGAGAUCUUCGCCAGACGUGGCGCAUGUGCAGCAGGAACACUUGCGCAAGAUCGUAGUGGCUCUUUUGCCCACGAUUCUACCUGAAAGUCAAGCAAACAGUAGGGCGGUGUUAGUUCUCACCCGAGAAAUUAUAGCAUGCGCCAUUUUAUUUCCUUUAAUUGGCGUCCUUGCGGAUCCGGAUACAUGGAACCAGCUGAUGGAAGCCUAUGGACGAACAGCUCUUCAGGACCGCAAAACCGUCAGGAGGCUACGUGAGGCACUAGAUCAGCAUGCUUUGCCUCUAGCAAAGUCCAAACAAGGACAUAUGUUUCCAAAGCUAGGUCCAAAUGACUCUGAGAGGGAAUUUGAACGUUUUAUGAGGGGCAUCCGUCGCUGUAAUAACUUAUCUGACGCGAGGAGAUUUAGGAACAAUGUUGCUAGCCAACUUAAGCGUGAAACAAUGUUUAAUGGACAUGAUCCAAUCUAUAUCCGGCGCCUAGAAACAGCAAAGAGGGCCUUGGACCAGAAAGUUGCAAAGCUAUCAGCUCCAAAUGGCGCUGGGAAUACCCAGCCAUCCGCGUCGGAUCAGGUAUACCACAACACUCUGAGGUCACAGGGCAUCUCCUUGGUCGAUGUUCUGCAUGAUGCGGCGGGCCUGUCGUAUUUCAUGGAAUAUAUGGACCGUCUGGGCCUCAUGUCCUUGGUUCAGUUUUGGUUAGUGGUAGACGGAUUUAGAAACCCGCUAGAGAACGAUAUGGGGGAUGAUAUGACGUCUGCACCUUCAUCUUGGACCACUGCAGACAGGAAUGACAUGAUUUUGAUAAGUGAGAACCACUUGUCAAAACCGGAGCUGAAAGUUGAUGAAGAAUCUCGGAAGAUUGUUAAAAGCUUCAUUUUAGCUGGUAAGCGGGCGACGCCAGAGCAAUACUGGAAGGCAAGGAAGGCGGUUCUAGCAGCGCAGUCCACAGUCCUUGAGAGCAUGAAGUCUAAGUAUUAUCCUGGGUUCAAGAAAUCAGAUCUCUAUUACAAGUACCUAGCUUCAGAUGAGGCAGCCGCUACGACCAGUGUUACAUCCCCUUAUAUACAGCCAAAUAAUCCACCCCUUGCCCGGUCUCACACCUCAGGGAAUUACCAGCCAUCCGGGAUAUCUUCACCCAUGCUUCGAACCGACUCUCAGUCCAUCACAAAAAAAGAAUCGCGCCGGAAACAACCACUAUUCAGCUCCGAGACACUUGAUACUGGGCGACCUGCAGACCUUGACCAUUUACCACUUUUUAGUGACGAUGUUGAGCCGGAAAACCUAGAGUCCUCCACCUACAGUCUUGGUAAAGAUUCUCAAAGCGGAGAGGCAGAGGUGCAAGAAAAAAAGAUCCUGGAAAAUAUGGAGGCUGCUCUCAAUGAUAUCAUCUCAGACACCCCAAAUGACUUCAAGGCCGAUGGUCCGAGGAGUAGCUUACCAUCACCAUCACCCAGAGCCUCGAUUGACAUGGGCCGUAUGGACGGGCAGGCAGCCGAGAAGGGGAAACCCAGCAUAUCGUCACUGGGCCUGGUUAAUACAUCUUCCCGUAUCGGAGUUUUUACUGACGAUGACUUAUUUCCUGAUCAAGAAAAAUUCAUUGAGGAUGAGUAUGCAGAUCCGGACGUGCCUGAACCCGAUAUACCCAUAGAAGAAGAAAUCCAUGAGGCAGCGCCUGGAGACUUGGGCCUUACAGAAGCAAUAUCCGCUUUGACAACCGAUAUAGAGAAGCUUGUUUCGCAGGAGUCCGUGAUUGACUCCCUGACCAGAAAAGCUGAAUUAACAAACAACGUGGCUGAACUGCGUAUUUUGGGGAAAUCUAAAUCUAGCUUAAGAAGGGAGAUUAGGCGUAAAGAAAUGCAGAGGCAGCAGUACAUUGUGCAGGAAAGCGAUAACAGCUUAUACGGACGAUCAACAGUUCAGAUUCCGUCAAUCCUUCUUGACAAAGAGCCGGACGGCCGCGAGUAUGCCUUAUGUGAGUUGUACCUUGUUUGUUGGUAUUACAAUGGCUCAUCCCUUCUGACUUGUGGCUGCUAUUCGUUUUUUAGAUGUGAUUGA